AUGCUAGUGAACAACCAAAAAAAAUUCAAGUUAUUCUUAAAGUCCUGGCCUUCCCACAGCAAGGUCUCUCACAGAAAUUUCUCCAGAAAACCUAUUUUAUGGACCAAAGACAAACCAAAGCUCGUUACCACGAUGAAAGAAUCCCGUCGCUUCAUGGUGGAUUGCUUGAAGGCUUUAGGAACCAAGCAGGAAUACGCAGAAACGGUCGCCGAGAAUUUACUAGAGGCCGACUAUCGCGGGCACUACAGCCACGGAAUGAACAGAUUAGGUCGAUACAUAAACGAAGUGCAGAAAGGUCUGGCUUGCCCAAACGCUGACCCAGUAGUGGAAAUCGACCAUCCAGCCGCAGCAGUAGUGAACGGUAACAACGGAUUCGGCGCGGUAGUUGGAAAAUUCAGCAUGAAUAUAGCGAUCGAGAAAGCAAAAAAUAUCGGACUAGGAAUAGUCGUGAGCCGCAAUUCAAAUCACUACGGUAUAGCAGGCAUGUACGCCCUUCAAGCCAUCAAAAAGGACCUCAUAGGAUUUUCUUGUACGAACACUUCACCUUUGAUGGUUCCAACUCGCGCUAAACAAUCUGCUCUAGGAACCAAUCCCAUAUCUCUAGGCGUGGCAGGAAUCGAUGAUGACUCGUUUAUGCUGGAUUACGCUACUACAGCUGUAGCCAUUGGCAAGUUGGAAAUUCAAAGACGCAAAGGUUUACCUCUACCCAAAGGUUGGGCGUUGAACGAAGAAGGAAAAACGGAAACUGACCCGGUUAAGGCCAUUAAGGCUGUCAGACUUCUGCCUUUGGGGGGCGAGGAGCGCACCGGCGGGCCCAAAGGGUUCGGUUUAGGGAUGCUUGUAGAAAUAUUUUGCGGCAUACUUUCAGGUGGCGAUUACGGCCCGACUAUUCGACCGUGGAACAAUCCCAAAUCUCCAGCCAAUUUGAGCCAUUGCUUUAUGGCAAUAAAUCCUUGCGGUUUUACUUCGGGAGUCGAAUUACGAAUGAGCAAAUUAAUGAAUAUGAUAAGGGAUAUGGAGCCCGCUAAUCCGAAAUUGCCGGUACUUGUUCAUGGCGAUGUCGAAAGGAAUCAUAUGAAGAAAGUUGCCAAAGAUGGAGGUCUUCUGUAUGUUAAAAACCAGCAUGACACCAAUGAGAAAUUAGCGAAAACGUUGAAAGUAUCUCCGAUGAAAUCCAAACCACUGGGUUAA